AAUUGCACCACACCAGCAAAAUUAUCGGUUUCUUAAGGCCCAAUUGACAAUCUAAACAGAACUGUACGUGUGAGCUUUCAUCCCUUUCUUACUUAAAGAACUUAUGAUUUGUGCGGUGUAUAUGCGUUGAAUUCUACGCUAACUCUUCUUGUAUUGGAGGAAAGUCAUAUGAAAACAAUUGCGUAUGUUGACACCAUAAAUUGUAAACAACUUUCAACGGCGCUGCUUUGAAUUCGAACGGCGUUGCCAAGUUAGUCAAAUCAGAUGAUUUCGUAUACUAUGUUUACUGUGGCGAAAGUAUAAGUUGUAUUUGGAAGUGAUAACUAGAUAAGAAAAAUAGUGCUCAGGAUUUGUUCCUCAUAUAUUUUCCUAAUUUGGUUGGCUAUCACUAUUAAACUUGAAUAAAAAUGAUGUCACGUACACUUAAAUGCCUGCAACUACAAUUCAAUGUUAGUACAAUUUUAGGAUCUAGUGCAAACAAAAUUACAAGUAGUGCGAGAAAGCUAUCCAAUCUUCAUCGGUCGCAGAAGCCCCAUCAACAAUUGUUGGUAAAAUUCCUACGCCCGCUUUCAAUUCAAACGCAUGCGCCUGAUACGAAAUAUGUAAGUGCGUCAGGCGAUGGGGCUCCUGACUUCAUGGCAUUAUUUCCAGAUAUUGUACGUGAACUCACCGACGAAAUAAGGAGCUUAAAAGCAGACGAGGCCGCAAGCUGGAACGAAAAGGCCUUGGAGUACAAUGCAAUAGGCGGGAAAAAGAGUCGUGCUUUUCUUGCUAUUUCAACCUACAAAAAUCUAGUCAAACCCGAAGAGCUCACGCCAGAAAAUCUUCAAUUAUUACACUAUCUGGCAUGGUGCAUUGAAAUGUUACAAUGUUUCUUCCUCAUAACUGAUGACAUUGUGGACGACAGCAUUACACGUCGUGGUCAAUUGUGCUGGCACAAAAAGAAUGAUGUUGGCAUUAUAGCUGUCAACGAUGCUAUGAUGAUUGAAAAUGGAAUAUACGCACUGCUGCGUAAACAUUUUCGCCAUUUGGAUUGUUACGUUGAUUUACUUGAACUAUUUCAUAAAAUAACUUUUAUUACAACCUCGGGACAAUCAAUGGAUAAUAUUUAUGCAAAUAAAAAAGUAACCGAUUUUAAUAUAGACAAAUACAAUGUAAUUAGUGAUACAAAAACUGGCUACUAUUCUUUCUAUUUUCCGGUAGCAGUGGCUUUCCAUUUGGCAGGUGUAAAGAACAAAGCGGUAUUUGAGGAAUCAAAAACUAUUCUUUUAGAAAUGAGUCAUUUAUUUCAAGUACAAGACGAUUUCAUCGAUUGUUUUGGUGAUUCUGAUAUAAGUGGCAAAAUCGGCACAGAUAUACAGGACAACAAAGCUUCUUGGUUGGCUGUAAUGUGUAUGCAGAAAGCUAGUCCCGCACAAAGAGAGAUAAUGGAGGAAUGCUAUGGACAAAAAGAUGCUGAAAAAGUCGCGCGUGUUAAAGAACUUUACAAAGAAUUGGAUCUUAUCAACCACUACCAUGUGUAUGAAGAGAGAAAAUACAACGAUAUUAAAAUGAAAAUUCAACAAGCGUCCAAUGGUGUACCCAAAGAUGCCUUUUUAUCUUUAUUAAACAAAUUCUAUAAACGACAAGUCUCAACAAUAACAACAAAUCGUACUGUUUUUCCUUCCACGUCACAUCGCUAUGCAUCAAAUCACUCCGGAACUAAAGUUACUAAACCAUCACCUACUCGAGAGGCGCCCCUAAACUACAUCGGAAAUAAAAUAAGCCGAUCACCAGCAUUGGAACAAAAUUUUGGAUUAAUUUCUAGACGAUUGAUGUCAAAAGAUGAAAUACGUGAUUUCGAUGCCGUAUUGCCAGAUGUUGUGCGCGGCCUUGGCUCUAUAGCUGAACGAUACAACAGCAAAGAAGCGGGGCAACGGUUCAGGAAGUGUCUGCAGUAUAAUUUAUCACUUACAAAUUACAAAAAUGGCCUAAUCCCCAUUUUGACAUACAAAAGUGCAGCAAAAGACGAGCAAAUAAAUGCGGAACAUUUAAGAUUGGCACAUAUGCUUGGCUGGUGUUUUGAAAUGAUGCUGUGGUUCAUACUCAUGACCGAUGACAUAUUGGACAAAAGCACAAGACGUCGUGGUCAAUUGUGUUGGCAUAAGUUGGAGGAGGUCGGUCUCUCCGCCAUAAAUGAUGCAAUCCUGAUAGAGAAUGGAAUUUAUGAGCUUCUCAAGAAACAUUUCCGCCACUUAGAUUGCUAUGUUGAUCUUCUCGAAUUGUUUCAUCAAAACACUUUUAAAUGUUUAUGUGGGCAAUCAUUAGAUUUGCUUCUCACUAAAAGGAAUGUGACUACCUUCAAUAUGGAGACGUAUGAUUCGCUAGUGUUGAAUAAGACUUCCUGUCAUUUUUUUUAUUUGCCUGUUUUUGCAGGGCUUCAUUUGGCAGGAGUUAAAGAUAAGCACGUUUUCGAUGAAUCCCAAAGCAUUUUAUUUGACUUGGGUCAUUAUUCGCAAGUUCAAAAUGAUUUUCAUGACUGUUUCGGUGAAUAUGAAUUCACUGGCAAAAUCGGCACAGAUAUUGAAACUAACAAAUGCUCCUGGUUGGCGGUGAAAUGUAUGGAACUGGCAAACCCACAACAAAAGUCUAUUAUGGCAGACUGUUAUGGGCAUAAUGAUCCUCAGAAGAUAGCGCGCGUUAAGCAAGUUUACGAAGAAUUGGAUAUGCUCAAUAUUUAUGCCAAAUAUGAGGAAGAGACAUGUAACCGCAUUCUUACGAAUAUCCAAAAUACAUCAGAUGCAGUUCCGCGAGAGAUUUUGACAGAAAUUCUUUGUCAAAUUUAUGACAAAGAAAUUAAGUAAGGACAGGAAGUGGAAAGAACAAAUAAGCAAAGAAAUUAGCUACUUGGGAACUAAUUUACGGUUUUGUGGUACGAAUAGUUUAAAAUUAAGUUGGACCAUCUUGAGUGAGCUUAACAAAUCCUAGGUAUUUUCAAUUAUUUUCCGGAAACCAGGUGAACUCUCUCAAAAUUUUGUCCUGUUUCCUAAUAUUUAUUUAAAGCGCUUCUAUAAUAAUUUCCGAUUACAUAAGAAAGUGGGCAAUCUUUCUCUGAACUUAAUUCGGUAAAAAUAAUGAAUGGAUGAGUUAAUUUUUCCAGUAAUUUAAUCCCAUAUACAUAUGUAUACAGCCCUCUCAUACAUAUGUCUUAUUUUGGUGUAUAUUUUGAAAGAUUAUAUCAUCUGCAACUGCCUUCACUCCUAACUUUAUACUAGACAUACUACAUACAUAUGCAUGAUUAUGUACAUGCUUACUU